GUUUUAGUCAGAGUGAUGUGUCACCACGUGGAGACGAUCUCUGCAGCCACCAUCAGCAGUUUGAAGCCGCUUUCAGCCAUUUUCCACCUGAUCGCGACCCGCGUGACCGGGUCCGGGAUCGAGAUCACGACCCGCCGGGCCGCACGUGAGCACGCAGGAUGCCAGCGGCCUCCGAACCGAACCGGGACCAGCAGCAGCAGUGGUGAAGCAUCAUGGGAGGUAGCAGAUGGGCAAGAGAGCUGUGGGCUGGCCAAUGACACACACACACUCUCUCAUGCACACACCAUGGAUCAAGGAUUCAGCUUAAACACUCUGAAGAAGCUGGCGGCAGAGCCAGACUACACGGACGUGUCGCUGACUGCGGUGGAGCGCGUUCGAGCGCUAACGAAGAUGGGGCGCUGCGUGGAGAUAAACGAGGACAUCGCGCCCCGGCGGUACUUCCGCUCAGGGGUGGAGAUGGAGCGAAUGGCGGCGGUUUACCUGGAGGAGGGCAGCCUGGAGAACGCCUACGUGCUCUACAACAAGUUCAUCACUCUUUUUGUAGAGAAGCUGCCCAGCCACAAAGACUACCAGCAGUGUUCAGCCAUCCCCGAGAAGCAGUUUAUCAUGAAGAAACUCCAGGAGGAAGCGUUCCCUCGUAAAGACGAACUGAAGAAACGUCUGCAGGAGAAAUACAGCUGGGAACACGGCGAGUACCUCAGAGCGCAGAGCCCCUCGGUGGUGGUGGAUGGGUGUGGCCAACAGUUGCAGCAGCUCUCCCUGCUGGACGAGGACAGGAGGCGUGUCCUUCUGCUGGAGGAGGAGAAGCAGCGAGUCGCCGCACUCCGACGCAUGCAGAUCGAGUCGGAACAGUUUCGAUACUUUGAGGACCAGCUGAAGCGCCAGGAGCUGGCCAAUAAGAAAGAAGAGGAGGCGGAGCUAAAGGUGGCAGCCAAAGUGCCUGAAGUCACAGAUGGGUCCUGUCUGUCUCAUCAACCAAUCAAAGGCCGCCUGCAAUCACAGGGGGCGGAUCUAAACAGGAACAGAGCCCCUCCUUCUGUCAGUCAACCGGCUGCUACACUGGCGAGUGUUCACGGUCAGAGGGUGGAGGGUCUGAGGCGGGUGGUGAUUCCCAGAGACCUGACGCUCCGUUUCCUCCAGCUGGCCGACUCUAACACGGCUCGGGGGAUAGAGACCUGCGGCGUGCUCUGCGGGCGGCUGACUCAGAAUGAGUUUGUGCUGACUCAUGUUGUGGUUCCAAAACAGUCAGCCGGACCAGACUUCUGCGAUAUGGAGAACGUGGAGGAGCUGUUCAGCUUCCAGGACCAGAAGAACCUGCUGACUCUGGGAUGGAUCCAUACCCAUCCCACACAGACGGCCUUCCUCUCCAGCGUCGACCUCCACACUCACUGCUCGUACCAGCUGAUGCUGCCAGAGGCCAUCGCCAUCGUCUGCGCCCCGAAGCACAACGAUACGGGCGUGUUCAGGCUGACCAGCCCCGGCAUGUCGGAGGUCUCGGGCUGCAGACUCAAAGGUUUUCAUCCUCACUCCAAGGAGCCUCCUCUCUUCACGGUGUGUAAACAUGUGGUGCUCAGAGACUCAAAGCUCGGCCUGCUGGACCUCAGGUGACAGACAGGAGGCGCUGGACGUCUGGGCUCCUGUCUUCAGAGAAAACUGUGAAGCUGUCAGAGUGUGAGUCUGUGUGUGUUUGUGUUCACAAUGUUUACAGGAAGUGUUGCGUUUCCUCCGAACAAACCUGGACCUAGAAGAGACAGAGUGCCUUCUUAGAUGAAUGUUUCUGAGCCCAGCGAACUUCGACUCGAGUUUUAUGACGUUCCUUUGAAAAAAACUUGAAACUUUUUUAAACGGAUCAAAGGCGGAAAACUUUUCUAAAGUGUCUUUAACGAAGAGACGGUUUGAGAUUUCAAAUGCAUCAUCGUGUGAACGUAAAAACAUCUCAAAUGCUUCACACAGAUGAAACCGAUGAAUUCACCGUUUGUCAAAAACCUCUGAAUGAAAGAAAUCCGUUCUGUUUGGGAUGUUUGGGUGUUUCAGUCUUUGUUUCAGCAGCCGAAACGAGAAGUUGAGGAAACUUUUGAGGAAAGCUGCUGAUGGUCUCAGACUGAAGCUUUUACUGUGAAAAGAUUCUUCUGGCUGAAUUAAAAACAAAUCUCAGUUUUCAAUCAUUUUUUGCAGGAGAAAACAGUUUAACAAAAGCAGAUUAACAUGCAGUCAAACUUUAUUUUUUGUGAUUUUUGGCUGAACUUUACAGUUUAGUUUGCAGUGAACUUAUUAACUGUAAAAAUGUUUCCUUUAUUGUAAAACUGGUCAAUUUAAAACUCAGUUUAACAUUGAAGUUAAUGUACAGGCCAAACUCAGGUUGAUGUACAGUAGAACUGCUUUCCUGGUCAGAUGUUCUGUAACUCUGGUUAUUAUAACGGUGAAGCUCAGUUUUGUUUGCAGUGAAGCUUCUUUGCAGAGAACAUCCGUUUACUUUGAGGCCACUUUUCUUUGAAACAUGUUGAAGAAGCUGCUGAACGGAUCAGAAGAUUCCUGUGAUUUUGUUGAAUUCCUUCAUGAAAAAGUAAUUUAAUGUUUGGUUUACUAACAGUGAAACGUUUUUGUUCAUAAACUGUGUUCCUCUCAUUUAUGUUCUGUUUACAUAAACAUGACGCCUGCUGGUCAGCAGGGGGCGCUGCCUGGUCUGACCUCUGUGAGGCGUCUACUACCUUCAGCUUUUAUCCAGGUGUGACACCUGAGGUCAGGUUCUCAUUCAGCUGCUGCUCUGUUGUCAGAUCAGAGGCUGGAGGUGAAGUUUUAACUUCUGCUGUGAAUCGACUCCAGUGACGAACUCUCGGUUUGAUGUUUCUGUGUUCAGCUGUUUGCAUCUGUUUUUGUAAUAAAACCCAAUUGUUGCUCCAAC